UAAAACGCGGUGUGCGCGGAAUGAUUUUAUACCAUUCGCAACGAGAGUCAUCGGAGCUUUGUUGUGAACGGCAGCUUCUGGACUUAUUGUCUUUGUGAAGCUUUUUAUAUAUAAUAUCCAAGCAACAUGAGGGAAUGUAUCUCUGUGCACGUUGGCCAAGCAGGCGUCCAGAUAGGGAACGCUUGUUGGGAGCUUUAUUGCCUCGAACAUGGCAUCCAACCUGACGGCCAAAUGCCAAGCGACAAAACAAUUGGAGGCGGAGACGACUCGUUCAACACUUUCUUCAGCGAGACCGGAGCUGGAAAACAUGUUCCUCGCGCUGUGUACGUGGAUCUCGAGCCCACUGUCGUAGACGAGGUUCGCACUGGUACAUACCGCCAGCUCUUCCACCCUGAGCAGUUGAUCACCGGCAAAGAAGAUGCGGCCAACAACUAUGCUCGUGGCCACUACACGAUUGGCAAGGAGAUCGUGGACUUGGUGCUGGAUCGCAUCCGUAAGCUGGCGGACCAGUGCACGGGCCUGCAGGGCUUCCUGAUCUUCCACAGCUUCGGCGGGGGCACUGGCUCCGGCUUCACGUCCUUGCUUAUGGAGCGUCUCUCUGUCGACUACGGGAAGAAGUCUAAGCUGGAGUUUGCCAUCUACCCUGCACCCCAGGUCUCCACUGCUGUGGUUGAACCCUACAACUCUAUCCUCACCACUCACACUACUUUGGAGCACUCUGACUGUGCGUUCAUGGUUGACAACGAAGCUAUCUACGACAUCUGCAGGCGCAACCUCGACAUCGAACGCCCGACCUACACCAACUUGAACCGGCUUAUCGGGCAAAUCGUCUCUUCCAUCACUGCUUCUCUGCGGUUUGACGGAGCACUGAACGUAGAUCUGACUGAGUUCCAAACCAACCUUGUGCCCUACCCUCGAAUUCAUUUCCCACUAGUCACCUAUGCUCCUGUCAUUUCUGCUGAGAAGGCAUACCAUGAGCAAUUGACAGUUGCUGAGAUCACCAAUGCCUGCUUUGAGCCUGCCAACCAGAUGGUAAAAUGCGACCCCCGUCAUGGGAAGUACAUGGCCUGUUGCCUGCUCUACCGAGGAGAUGUCGUCCCUAAAGACGUGAAUGCCGCUAUUGCUGCUAUCAAGACCAAGCGUACCAUUCAGUUUGUUGACUGGUGCCCUACUGGUUUCAAGGUGGGCAUCAACUACCAGCCACCUACAGUGGUUCCAGGCGGUGACUUGGCUAAGGUCCAGCGUGCAGUCUGCAUGCUGUCCAAUACCACAGCUAUUGCAGAGGCCUGGGCCCGUUUGGACCACAAGUUUGACCUUAUGUAUGCAAAGCGAGCAUUUGUUCACUGGUAUGUGGGUGAAGGCAUGGAGGAAGGAGAAUUCUCAGAGGCACGUGAAGAUCUGGCAGCCCUGGAGAAAGACUACGAGGAAGUUGGCAUAGACUCUGCUGAGGGUGCUGAUGAUGAGGGUGGAGAAGAGUUCUAAGCACCAGCUGUGCUGCACCUUUUUUUGCCUUGUUGCUAUUGGCUUUUGCUGUUGAAAAGAAGUAAAUGCAGCUGACUCCA